AUGCGAUGUUGGCAGGUUCUCUUCUUCCUCUGCUUCUCUGCCCACAGACACGUCUCUCCCUUACACUCUAGCUCAACGCGUUUGCAUAUAGCUCAGCUGGGGCAAAAAAGGUCACACAAAGAAAAAGGGAACGCUGCUGACCUUUAUACGUCACACCAAAGGAAAGAACAGAUGGAGAAAGAGAGAACUCGACGAGUUUGGUCACACUCGAAACGUGAAUUCCUAUCCGUGAGUAUUAUUGCUUUACUUAUUUCGAUAAAUCUUUGGUUUCAGAAUGGUAUUUGUUGUUUUCCGACUAGGUGAUGCAGAAGAUCGCUUGUUCAAGAAUAAUAUUUUGGAGCCGCAGGUUUGAUUUUCAUUUGGUUCUAAAUCUAAAUUCUGUUUUAUUUAUAGAAUUCUCGCGUUGACCUCUUGAACCGGAUUGAGCACGUGACGAAGAUACCCAUCGCAUAUCAAGAAAUCAAAUAUCGUGGUGAUGAGCUACCCGACUCUUUACAUCCCCUCGAAACGAUCAAUGAAUUUGAGGAACUUACUGUGGUAAGUUGUUAUUUUAUCUUUAGAAUUUACUGUUUCUUGUUAGGAUGUAUAAUUUUAUUUGUGUGGUGUACGUGAACUUUAAAACUGGAACAAAUAAAUAGUUCACACUUUUUGACAAUUCUAAAUUUUCAGCGGCCCUCCCAACUCUCUAAGUGGGCAGCUUUGUUAGAUCGUGAAGCAGCUUUUUCAACUCAAGAAAACAGGAAAAUCAAGUAACUGUUUCUGUCCAUCAACACGGAGAUUGCAAGCUCGAAGGACAAUUCGUUUUCGUGAGUUUCGGACAUAACUUUUUUUCAUUUAAAUGGUAUUUCAGAUUUCGCUGGAUGCUAAGAACCCGCGCAAAAAGUACGCGGUGAAUCAACUUAUCCCUACAAAUGAUCUCGAAGAGCAAACGAUCGAAAUGAGGCAGCGACAGUACUUAAAACAAAGCGUUCCUCCGACACUAACAGUUCUUGAGCAGCCUCUGAUAAAGGUAGCUCGAAUCAGAACAACCUAGUUAACUAUCAGAUUCCAGGAAAAUCAAGUUCGAAUGUCAAGCACAAAAGUUGAACAUACGAGGGUAGUACAACCAGAAAAUGAGAAUCCCUACGGCACCGCUUUUGGAGGAUUCUUACUUCGUCAAGGCCUGGAGACUGCUGAAGCUUGCGCUCGACUUUUUGCAAAAGUAGCCAAGGUAUUUGAACGACUUCGCUCUGCGGAGAUCCGUGUUGGCAAAAGUGAUGGUUCCGUCCUUGACAGCGUCCGUCGUCAUGUAUUCCGUCAUCUUCAAGUUGAUCCUCAGGCCAAAGCUAGCGAGCCUUUCAUGGCAAAUGGCCAGAAGAUCCUGGAGUUCGGCUUUCGUUUUGGUAGUCAGCGUGACGUCAUCGGCGUACAGGAGGGUCCAAGGCGGUUCUGUAUGCAGGUCUCUCGUGAUGGUAUCCAUGACGAGGAUGAAGAUGAAAAGGGAGAGGGCUGA